AUGUCCUGGGACACUGGAGCUACUGGCGGAGGCGGUGAGUGGGAUCCAGCUCCCGCUGGCGACUCUUGGGGCGGCGGUGAUGCCGGCGGCGGCGGUGGUGGUGGUGAUGGCGAGACCUGUCGCAUCUGCAACCAGACUGGUCACUUCGCCCGUGAAUGCCCCGACAAGCCCGAGGGCGGCGGUCUCACUGGAGAGUGCUUCAACUGCGGCCAAGUCGGUCACAACAAGGCGGACUGCACCAAUGAGCGUGUCGAGCGUCCCUUCAACGGAAUCUGCAACUCCUGCGGUGUAGAGGGUCAUUCUGCCCGGACUUGUCCGACGAACCCCAUGAAGUGCAAGCUUUGCGAUCAGGAAGGCCACAAGGCUCUCGACUGCGAUCAGCGCCGCAUGGUCGACUGGACUGGUGUGCCUGAGAUGGACACUGGAGAUGCCUGGACUGCCCUCGUCGACUCUGCUAAGGCCAAGGAUCUCGAUGCGUUCCGCGUCUGUCUUCGUGCCUACGCUCGUGCUCUCAAGGACGACUUCGAUCUCCCCGGAGUCGAGACUGCUCUGCGCGAAGAUGAUCUUGGUGUGUACCUCAUCGCUAAGAAGCAGGACAUCGCCGCCAACAUGACCAUUGUCGACCUCAUCGGCAACGCUAAGCGCGAGAACGUUCUUUCUGUCCAGCUGUCUGCCAAGCCUCGUCGCGCAAAGAUGGCACAGGGUUGGCCUGAGAGCCCAGAACAGAACCUUGAGCGUCUCGCUUCUUGUGGUUACGUUGAGGACAUUGGCGUGCCGCUCUGCGGUAACUGUGGUGAACUCGGACACAUCCGCAAGCACUGCAAACAGGAGGUCCCGGAGGAGGUCUCGGUGCAGCCUGGUGUAGAGUGUGUGUACUGCAAGGAGCCCGGUCAUCGCGCUCGUGACUGCCCCAAGGAGCGCAUUAACCCUUUCGCAUGCAAGAACUGCAAGCAGGAGGGCCACAACUCCAAAGAGUGCCCCGAGCCUCGCUCAGCCGAGAACGUUGAGUGCCGCAAGUGUAACGAGACCGGCCACUUUUCCAAGGAUUGCCCCAACGUCGCCAAGCGCACCUGCCGCAACUGUGACUCUGAAGACCAUGUGGCCAAGGAGUGCCCGGAGCCCCGCAACCCGGAAAAGCAGCAGUGCCGCAACUGCGAGAAGUUUGGUCACUUUUCCAAGGACUGCCCCGAGCCCAAGGACUGGUCCAAGAUUCAGUGCAACAACUGCCAACAAUUUGGCCACACUAUCAAGCGCUGCAAGGAGCCUAUUGCUGAGGGCGAUACCAUGGGUGACGGAGGCGCUGUGGGUGGCGAUGGCGGCUGGGGCGCUACUGGCGACGCCGGUGCCACUGCUUCUGCUGGUGGCGGCGGCUGGUAG